CCCAACUUCACAUUACAACCUGGGGCUGGGAUUGCGCGCCCCCACUGAGAUCCGCUAGGAAGAGAGCGUCCGUGCGCCUCCUCGGUCCGUUCGGCGGGGGCGUCGCGGACUACACAUCCCAGCAUGCUCCGCCGGCCGCGGGGCAGUGAGGCGCGGUGAGUCAGAGCGCACAGUAAAUAUUUGUAUUAGCCGGGGCCGGCUCGCUAAUGGUGGACGCGUGAGGCGAGCGCGCAGGGAGGCCAAAGCGGGCUGCGCGGCGGCGCCAUGUCCGUGAACAUGGACGAGCUCAAACACCAGGUCAUGAUCAACCAGUUCGUGCUGACGGCGGGCUGUGCGGCCGACCAAGCGAAGCAACUGCUGCAAGCGGCCCACUGGCAGUUCGAGACAGCCCUCAGCGCCUUUUUCCAGGAGACCAACAUCCCCUACAGUCACCACCACCAGAUGAUGUGCACUCCCGCCAAUACCCCUGCCACGCCCCCCAACUUCCCUGAUGCCCUCACCAUGUUCUCCCGUCUCAAGGCCUCCGAAAGCUUUCACGGUGGAGGCAGCAGCGGCAGCCCAAUGGCCACGUCGGCCACAUCACCCCCACCGCACUUCCCCCAUGCCACUGGCAGCUUCACAACACCCAGCUGGCCAACUGCAGCCUCGCCCCCAGGAGGCCCACAGCACCACCAGCCGCAGCCGCCACUGUGGACUCCGGCACCCCCUUCCCCAGCUUCAGACUGGCCUCCUCUGGCCCCCCAACAGGCCACCUCAGAACCAAGAGCCCACCCUGCCAUGGAGGCAGAGAGAUAAGGGAGGCCCCUCCCCCCUCCCGGAGGCCAGAACCCCGUGGGGUGGGGGAGAGGAUGUCUCCGUGGGCCCCUUCACCCCUCCUCUGUCUGCACCCCUAUAUCCCAGAGCCCUGGAGGGGAGAGACUGGACUCUAGCCAGGCAGUCAUGUGCCAGCGUGCACAGCUGCACGCACGCAAAUUCACAGCACAGGCACCCCCAGCUCGCAUGGAUUUGACUAAAGUGGCUUGGGUGCCUGGUGGGCAGCACCUUGGAGACCACCCAACCGAAGACUCGCCUGCUUGGCUGCACCACCUGGAGUGUUUCAGAAAAUCACUUGGUGGCAGAGGCAUGGCUGACUCCUGUCUUGGGGCCAGUAGGCCUAGAUCCCCACCCUUGGGAAUGCAGAGCCUUCUCCGCAUGUGUGCGUGUAGCUGUGUCUAUGUAAUUAUAUGUAUGUCGCUCUUCAAAAGCAACCGCGUUUAUGGGGCACCUGGACUUUGCAUGUUAGAGUGAGCCCCAAGCCCCUUGGCCCACCACCCUGCCUUCUGAAAGGCCCUGCCUCACUCCACUUUUCUGCCAGCAUUGCUGUUUCCUGCAAAGGAUUAUGGGAAACUCCAGGACUCUUCUACCCAGCCCCAGCCCCUGCCUGCUGGGGUUCCCUGCAUGCCUCUUCCCCAGAGCCCAGGGGUACCUGGUCCCCAUUUACUACCCCCUUUUAACAAAAGAGAAGAAUUCCAAACCA